AUGGGCGCAGCGCUCAAGCAGCGCUGCAGAAGUGUCGCAGCGCCUGGUGACAGGCUGACAGGGCAGCCUUCCCUCGAACUGAGCCGCAUGAAGCGGACUCGCCCGCCCCCAAUAUUGCCAAAGACCACUGGAGCUGUCGAGAAUGUCGGUGACGGCAAUGAGGCAUCGAUCUACAAGACUGCCGGAGCGUGCGCACAGGUGCGGCAGGGUACCGCUGAGAUUCGCCAUUUAUGGAUCGACAGCGUUUGCAUCAACAAAGGUGACAGCAGGGAAUUUUCGUCGGCUCUCAACUCUAUGUUCAACUGGUAUCACAAUGCCGCUGUCUGCUACGUCUACAUGUACGACGUGACAUGGAACGAGGCAGACGACCUGUAUGGAAGUCGCCAGCAAUUCCUCCAGAGCAAGUGGUUCACGCGGGGUUGGACGCUGCAGGAGCUCCUUGCGCCGAAGAACAUUGAGUUCUACGACCGGGACUGGCGAUAUAUCGGCUCGAAACAGAGUUUGUUGGACCAGAUUGCAGAGGCGACGGGCAUUGCGAGGGAGCAUCUGCUGAGGGGUUUCCGCACCGCCAGCAUCGCGCAGAAGAUGAGCUGGCUGUCGCGCCGAACCACAUCCAUCAUCGAGGAUCGCGCCUACUGCAUGCUCGGUCUCUUCGGUGUCUUCCUCGAUCCACGAUAUGGCCAAGGUGGGAAUGAAUUUCUCCGCCUGCAGCGGGAGAUAUUUGUCUCGACGCCGGCAGGCGCCAUCUUCGACGAGUCAAUGUUCGCCUGGCAGACGGAUCUGAUCGAGACCAGCGGCCUCCUUGCCCCGGCGCCCAGCUGCUUCCGCAAUUCGGGUCACGUUCUGUUCGUACCGCGCCUCGCCAAGUCUCGAAAUAUAACAACUCAGAUCGAGGACGGCAUGGUGAUAGAACCAACCAUGGGCAUCGAUUUUCACAUACCGUGGGCUGAGCGAAAGCAUCGCUGGUAUGGAGCCGCUGUCUGCGCCGUCCAUUUACUUACUUUCGGCAUCGGCUCAGUAGGAGGAGUUUUGAUACACAGGGCAAUUCGUAAAAGAAAGUCAGAUCACCUGGUGAACUUGAACUGCUGGGUUCAGGGGCCCGGCCAGAAACUGCGGAAUGUGCGCAUCAAGGUGGUCCAGGACAAGGACAAGACUUGGCGGCGCAUCGAGUGCAAUAGCCUGUUCGAGUCAGAUAAUGACAAUCUGUUCUCACAAGCGGACGUCCAUGGAAGCCAGAGCGGAGGCCGUGUCUACUUUCCGCACCGGAUCAUGUACAAGGGCUCCUCGGGGUGGACUCAAUCGUCAGAACUCCAAGGAUUUUCUGUGAAGGAAAGCAAGAGGAACCGCCAUGGCGGCGUUUCUCCAUCAGCUCAAGCCGCACUUCAGACCCAACAGAGGAUGGCUCAGGAGCAGGCCCAGAUGCAGAUGCAGAUGCAGCACACCCAGAUACAUAUGCAGCAAAUGAGGAUGUAG